AUGUCUCCAACCUUUUGUGUUUCUCUGCUCAGAGCCCUGCUCCUCGUGCUGCUGGCUGUGCUCUCAGCCAGCAGUCCUGCCCAGGGGAAGGUGAUCAAACCUGGCCUCAAGCCAGGGAAUCUCUUCAAGCAAGCAUCUGCUGGAUGCCUGACCCAAAAAGACUCAAAAUUCCCCCAAACUGUGAGAGUCAACCUCAGCAUCAGCAACACGAACCAGGACACCAAAUUGAGCAGUCUGAAUGCCAGCAACCGCUCUCUGUCUCCCUGGGAUUACAGGAUCGACGAGGACCACGACCGCUUCCCGCGGCUGAUCGCGGACGCCGAGUGCCGCCACACGCUGUGCGUCACCCCGGAGGGACAGCUGGACCACAGCCUCAACUCCGUGGCCAUCCAGCAGGAGAUCCUGGUCCUGCGCAGGGAGCACAGGGGCUGCCAGCAAUCCUUCAGGCUGGAGAAGAAGCUCAUCACCGUGGGCUGCACCUGCGUCACCCCGCUGGUGCGGCACCAGCGCUGA